AUGAGAACUUCCAUCAAAGUGAUUAUCUGGGCACAUGUGCUUCUACUACUGUUCCUAAUUUAUUGCACAGUGGAUCUCAUGACCUUGCCGUUACAGAAAUGGCAUCGUCAUGUGUUCACUUCUGAGGACUUGAAUCCUUCAAAAGAUUCUCCUCAAAAGCCUAUGAUCAUUCCAAAAAUUAUUCAUCAGACUUACAAGGACGAAAACAUCCCGGAUAUCUGGAAAGAUGGACAGAAGGCAUGUCAAGAUCUUCAUCCAGACUACAAGUACAUUCUUUGGACCGAUGAUAAGGCAAGGGAUUUCAUUUCCAAGGAAUACCCUUGGUUUUUGAAAACCUGGGAUGGUUACAGAUAUCCAAUAGAGCGUGCUGAUGCAAUCAGAUACUUCGCUUUAGCACAUUAUGGUGGUGUUUACAUUGAUUUGGACGAUGGUUGUCAACGCAAACUUGACCCCCUUCUUACAGUUCCAGCGUUUGUCAGAGAAACUACUCCAAAUGGCGUUUCGAACGAUGUAAUGGGAGCAGUCCCAGGUCAUCCAUUUUUUGUUAAAGUUUUUAACAACCUUCAAAAGUAUAACCGUAAUUGGAUUGUUCCAUACAUCACUAUUAUGUUUUCUACAGGGCCACUAUUUCUUUCUGUGAUCAUGGAACACUACAACUGGGGUCGCGUUCCUGAUGAUGCAUCAGUUACGGUCUUGCUGCCAGCAGAUUAUAGUGGUAAAGCAGACUCGUUUUUCAAGAUUGCACAAGGUUCAUCUUGGCAUUUGGGUGAUGCCCAAUUAAUUCAGGCCAUGGGUCGCCAUAUCCCAUUUACCGUUUUCUGUGGUUUUGUGAUAGCUGGUUUAAUAUUCCUGAUGGAAUGGUAUAUUUAUUUGUUCUGCGUUAGAACAAAUUUCCGUCGUGUGUUCGAUUAUCUCAUUUCAAAAAUAAGACCAGCCAGGGGAUACAGGGGAAGGCCAAGAAAAGAUUCUAAUAUUCUCGCAAAUCCAUUGCUUGGAAAAAACGAAAGCAUGGUUUGA